AACAUAACAUCGAAAUGGCAACAAUCAUCAAUAGCGCGCUCGCAACGAAAAAGGCCAGUGUUUAUCGACAGAGCGUGGCACAUUGCUGAUUAAUUAUGCUUAUUUUGUAUGUGUGUUUGCAUUGUGUCACUAUAAAUUAACGUGCAAUUCUAUUGAUCGGCACAGUGCAUUCUAAUCAAUUUGCCUUAUCACUUCAAAGUGUGACCGAAUAGCGGCGAAAGAAGUAGAAGAAGAAAAAACAAACUCGUUUUUAUUUUAAACACAUUUAAAAAAAAAAGAGAUGAAAUCGAUCAUUGUUUUCACUGUUCUUAUUGCUGUUGCCGUUGCGGUGCCCGUGGAAGAAGACCAUGCUGCCGUUAUCGUGAAGUCACAAAAUACCAAUAUCGGUGUUGAUAACUGGAAAUGGCUUUCGGAAACGUCAAAUGGAAUCACCCAACAAGAGAGUGGUAAUAUUGGAUCAGCGCAAGAAGGCAUUUCAGUUCGUGGUAGUUUUACUUACGUUGAUCCAAACACCAAACAACAAUACACUGUCACAUACAUCGCGGAUAAAAAUGGCUUUCAACCCAAAGGUGAGCAUUUACCAGUCGCACCAGCUGUUUAGAUUUUAAGUAGGACGAACAUAUUUUUUGUCUUUUUCAAAAAAAAAAAAA